AUGGGGAGAGGCAAAAUAGUGAUAAGGAGGAUCGACAAUUCGACGAGCAGGCAAGUGACCUUCUCGAAGCGGAGGAAUGGACUUCUGAAGAAAGCAAAAGAGUUGGCGAUCCUCUGCGACGCCGAAGUCGGAGUCAUGAUCUUCUCCAGCACGGGGAAGCUCUACGAUUUCGCCAGCUCCAGGUCAGUCCACUCGCCAUUCUCUUCCCUCUAUUUAAUCAACGAAAAACUGGCACUAGUCUGUUUGGUUGUCCCGCUCCCAGAUUCGAUCUUCGGGUUUGACUGA